AUGACCACUGCAACUGUGGACCAGCUUGACAAUAUUCUAGUUCUCUCUCCGAACGCCAGGACUCCGAAACCAGAUGUCGUCAUAUGGAAUCCCAAGAACCGCGUCAUCAUGUUUGUCUACCGCUGGAUGAGCGAGGCUCGCAAGAGAGGCCCUGGCUGCAAUCACGUUGGCCGCAGAAACUAUUCUGAGUUCUUGCUUUACCCUGUUAACAUCAAGGCGCUCACAGGGAUAUCUUCGUUCUUAGAGUAUGGGGUGAUGGGGCAUGGCAAUCCUCUCCCUCGUGUUUCGACCGAUGUCCUCCAACCAGGAGUAUAUGGCGCAUUCCUUCCGGAUCUGCGCAGCUGCUACCUCCCGAUGUCCACCGAAACGACAAGCUCUAUGCUGGAUAUCAUAGAAUACGCAUUCGAAUGUGAUUGGCGAGACGAUGUAGGACGGGAUUAUGAGACCUUUGAGGCCGUGAUGCGGGACGAACUUAACAGAGAGAGGGUGGACAUUUCACGUUUCAAGUCUGUCACGAAUAUCAUGAUUAUGCGAAGCGAUCUGGCGAAGUUGUUCUACGAGAACAAGUUCUCUAUCGAUGUUGAUGACAACUACAGGAUCGUCUUCUUCCAGGACACAGACGAGCUAGAAUGCUCUUCGGAGUCUAUGGAUGCGCUGAAUGCAAGAGACUAUCAUUGGACACAACCCAUACCCGAUGGGGCUUUCCAACCUGACAAAGACCUCCUUCGCCGACACUUCAGACAUUCGCUCCGAGUGAACCUAUGCGGGAACGAUAUACACUUUCACCUCACCAGAAAUCAAAUUCAGACUUAUUGGGACAGAUUCAACGGACACAGCGAUCAUGACGACAUCAUCAGGCCUACAGAUCCGGAAUGGGAUACUCCAUUGGGGCGCUGCUGUCGGGAAUGGCAACGCUUGGACAAAGUAACCACAGAGCUCGGAUACCGGCAGUGGCACUGGCUGAUAUCCAGUGCUGAAAUUGCGUUUUCUGCGCUGGGCAUAUGCCCGUGUAGUCUACCGAGGAGGCCCCUUCUGCGCAUCGCGAAACACAAUAUGAUUUCCAGGAUCAACGCGGACACAUAUAUGCGCAUACAACUCACACCUGUCAUGCAUGUUGGGCCAGCAUCUGAAAAGCCUUUCGAGAUGGAAUUAGUGCUGGUGUUGACGCGCACCGCCGGCGCUCCCACAGCAGGGAGCUGUUGCAUGGCGCAUGGCGCAGAAGCAAGGAAGGACGGUGGUGGUCCGUGUUCUCCCGGUGGUCAUGUCGGCGAUACGGUGAAGAUCAAUAGACGUAUUCUUCCAAACACCCGUCGGGGCCGCACGGAGGAGUGCUUGGAGGUGUCUUGCGCCGGUAGUAUUCUAUUCGGCGACUGCGUGGGGGCAAACGAAGCAAGUACACACCUGAUCACGCUGCAAGAGGAGGCACGGGCAGUGACACCGCAGACAGACCAUGGCAUAGGCACCCGCAAGUCUAACUCUGGCGUUGUCGCGGCCUGUGAGGCCGUCGUAAUUACAAGGCGGGGUGCACGGCGGUCGCCUUCGCCUCCGAUCCUCACCGGGACACGGGAUGGCGCACACCGCGUUCUAGCCAGCUCGCUUCCUCACGAGCGUGCCUCCCCGUCUCCUGCAACCUCCCUCCGCACUGCACACAAACGCGCGGGCGCGUCAGCUCCAGCUCGGCCUAUCACAACGCGCACACAGGCACUCACCGCGCUCCAGGUCCCGCCGGUCCCAAUGCUCUCCGCGCACGGCCUCCUCCCGCGUCGCGCGCCGCCCGAGCAGCACGUCACGCCAGCCGAUCUCCUCCUUCGCCGUCUCCCUCUGCUCCUCCGCCUGCACGCUCUCCUCCCCACGCCCCGUGCGCUGGCUGCGCGCGAGCUUCAGCAGCCGCUCGACCUCGCGCCCCGAGACGCGUCCACCCGCGCGCAGCCGCGCCGCGGUGUCCUCGAGGAUGGACAGCUGGGCGGCGAGCUGGGCGCGCUCGGACUCGGCGUCCCUGCGCUGGCGGAGGACGUGGAUGCCGAGCGACGUGAGGGCGAGCGAGGAGACCAGGUGCGGGAGGUAUGCGGUGGAGAACAUGUGCCGGGCGCGGGGCAGUACGAGGUGUUCAAUGUCAAGUGCUUGCGCGUCAUAAUAUCCCCAUGCGACACUUCUGUCUGCCGGAAGGACCCUGACACUCAGCGCAUCGGGUCAGGCGCCUAUUUGCUCAUGCAUGCCUGUGUCAAAUACAUUGGUGGCAUGACCUUGGUGAUACAAAUGGUUUCGGUACUAUUCUAUUCGCCUCUCCCGUCUGACAACCUCGCGGACACGCUCCCACACCACGCGCGCGAACGCGACUUUGAAGCCGACAACGCAUCGCCGCCGACGACGUGGAUCAGAACAGUGCAGACAGAUGCCGACGCGCGCUGCGCCAAUAAUUUUCGUUUCUUCUCUUUCGAACACCUUUUACUCACACAGCGGACACGCAUUGCCAAGCAGGGACCACCGACUCUGUACGGAGCCGACAGCCGCGGGAAGGGCCAGGUCACGCAGCGAAGGCCGCGUUUGGCACUCGGGUCUUCCUAUCAGACGCGAAGACGCCGGCGCGGGCCCAAGCGCAGCGGGUCGCGUCCGACGACCGAGAAUGUCGUCGGCCGCUGCACACAAGAGAGCGGGGCUGACCGCGAAUGGCAAGGGCGCCCCCGGUAUCCUUGUUUCUUGUCGGACUGUAUCGCGGCCUUGGCUGUGGGAGAGCAAGGCAACGGCCGAGUGUCAGCGAAGCUUUUGGGGACAAUACCACCGGGCGGACGGGCCAAUGAGGCGCGGGCAGGGGGCGUCUCCACCGCACCCCCGCUCCAGCUCCAGAUCACAUCGGGCGUCCCCGCGUGCCCCGUGUCACAACCCCAUAUUUACACCACCCAUAUCUUCCAGCGCGUCGAGGAGGAAAGCGAACGACGAGCGCGAGCAGAGGCAGAAGCAGAGGCACGCACAGCGCAGGAGGCGCAGUUCAGCUCCAUUCCCGCCGUGACCAUCCAGCCCGCGCCCCCAAUCCCGGCGACCUCCACAUCCACCUCCACCUCCGCAGCGCCAGGGCGGCGACGAGGUGGCAGCGUGUCCGUCUCGCGUUUUGGCCAGCCUCUGGCCCCGAGCAUCCCAGACCGUGUCCUACUAGCGCCCGCGGAGACAUUGCGGGUGACCUGGACACAUGUCAAGGGUCUGACGUGCGAGUCAAUAUGCAGGUUUGCGCGACUUGACUGCCGUGUGACGGGUCUCGGAGCUGUCCGAGGUCUACCAUCCUGGUUUGCUCGCCAGCUGCCGUUGAGCGUAGAUAAUGCGGCUGAGGCGCACGAUAUGAAACAUGAUAUGUACGAUAUCAAGUUUGCCCAUGGGUUUCCACUUCGAGGUGCCAUUGCUGACCUGUCCGUUCCGCAGCCGCAUUCCACAGACGGGUCGCUCGCCAGCCCGACGAAGCCCGCAGACGCGGCGCCGCCGGUGUCCUCGUACGUGGUGCACAAACAGGGGUUCUACCAGGCGCAGACACACACGACGAGCGCGGACUCGCUCGCAUCGCUCACGCCGCCCGACCACGCCGACGCGGACACGGACGCGGACGAGGAGCAGGUGGUGUUGAUGGAGACGUUUGCGGGGCGGCAGUCGCUGUCGAAGGCGUUCUCGCGGCGGCUCUCGCGGAGCCGGUCGCACAGCUGCGACGUGUUCGCCGCGGCGAGCUCGCUGGUAAUCGGCGUGCGCGUCGAAGAAGCGACGGUGGAGGGCGAGCUGCACGGGGCGAAAGUCGCGGUUGCGGUUGCGGUUGCGGGCGGCGAUGAGGGCGUUCGGGAGAAGGAGCAGGACAAGGACAGGGACGCCGGCAGGGAGAAGGGGAGGUGGAUUGGCAAGGCGAAGGAGUUGUCCCAAAAGCUGCGCCGGCGGAGCACGUUUUUGCUUGUGCUUGGAACUUUUGAGGGCUACGAGAAUGUCGAGCACACUGAGACAGCAUGUGACCAAUGUGCCACACCCACAACACCCACUACUACGGCGCCAGUUGUCGGCUGCAGGGAAAAGUUCUACGUGAAUAAUCCAGACCCGACACUUGAGCAGGAACGCGAACUGAACGUAGCGAUCAGCCGCCUCCCGGGAUGCGCGUGGUACAAGGACGAGCGGAAACUGCAGGCUAACUACGCCAGCUCUGUCCGCGGAACGCGGCGCGCGGACGGAGAUGCAGGUGCCUGCCAUGCCGCAAGCGGUGAAUCCAUGGAUGUCAUUUCUCACUUCGGAGAGGCAGCUCAUGCGAGGGUGCAUGCGGCCACACCAGUAGGCGAGAGACGGGCCAACGGCACUGCGAAGCUCGCCAUUCUCCUCUCGACGUGUCCGGACCCCGACCUUGCGAAGAUGCUCGAAUGGGCUCGUCGGUGCGGGCUCGAGCCUGCGCGCGUCUUCGCGCAGUGUGUGGCCGCUAUGCGGUCCGGGCGGGAUGGGCGGCGAGGCCGCGGCGCCGUCGCCGACGUGCCAGCUAACCCGCCGGCGCCGGACAUCCUCAGCGGCGCGGAGACGGACGCCGACUCGAAGUCGGUGUACGUUCCUGAGGAUGAUGGCACGGACAGCCUGCCGCCUCUUGUGGGUGACCCUCAGGCUGCUGCCGUGUGUUGCGGCUCUUCCUCUUCGGGCUGGGCUGUUGGUACCGGCCCGCCCUCGACAUCGAGCAUCGACCCGUUGCACGUCGACGCGCUGCCCAGUGAGUUCUUGAUGUACGGACAUCAAAACGAGCCCAACGACGGGCAGUCAUACCGCUCGGCGUCUCGCUACGAGUCGGAAUGUGUGUCCUGGCUGCAACCGGUCUCUCAGCAGGAGGCAUACCCCAUGCAGGGUACAGCCUUCCAAAGUUGGUAUUGCUGA